AUGUCAGAUACAGCGUCAAAACAGCCCGAGGUGGCUGCCCACGAUCUACCGUCUGAAAAGCAAGAUGAGGCAUUGCGGUAUCUCGAGAACCACAGUGGCAUCAGCGCUGCGGAGGUUGAUGCCGUGGAUCUCAAGGCACUACGGACCAAGAUUGACUGGCAUAUUGUGCCAUUGAUGUUUCUGUGCUAUUUCUUGCAGUUCAUUGACAAAGUCAUUAUCAACUAUGCUGCUGUUAUGGGAAUAUCGGCUGAGUUGAAACUCGUCGGUAACGAUUUCACGAAUGCCAGCACAUCGUUCUUCAUCGCCUACUUGAUCGCAGAGGUCCCAAACACAUUCCUCCUGCAGAAGGUCCCAGCCGGGAAAUGGCUCGGCUUCAAUGUCCUCAUCUGGGGUGUCGCUGUCGCAGCAACAGGUGGAGUCAAAGGCUAUACAACUCUGGUUGUAGCUCGUGUCUUCCUGGGUUUGUUUGAGGCUACUAUCGGUCCUUCUCUCAUGAUUAUAAGCAGCCAAUACUACACCAAGCAGGAGCAAGCACCUCGUUUCAGCUUCUGGUACCUUGGUCUUGGUGUCGCUCAAAUCAUUGGCGGUCUGAUCUCUUUCGGCUUUCAGCACGUUCACGGGGCCUCUAUCAGCGGGUGGCGUAUCAUGUUCAUUGUGCUUGGAAUUUUCACCUCGAUCGUUGGAACGGUUGUGUUUUUCUUCAUUCCGGAUACUCCAAUGAAGGCCAGCUUUUUGACUGAAGUUGAGAAAGUGGCGCUUUUGAGACAUGUCAGUGAGAACAAGACCGGGGUCUGGAAUAACAAGUUUAGCUACAAACAGAUCUUUGAGGCUAUCUUGGACGUACAGGUCUGGUUACUGACGUUGAUGGUGGUUCUGCAAUCCGUCUCUUCCGGCGUCGUUACUACAUACUCCUCAACCCUCAUCCGCAACAUGGGUUUUAGCUCUCAACAUGCUGCCCUUCUGAACAUGCCCAGUGGCGUUGUCAGCAUUAUUUCUACGCUGGUUGUUGGCAUUGGUAUCCGCAAAGCAGAGAAUCGUUGGGCUUGGAUCGCCACGUGCAGCAUUCCAGGAAUCAUCGGUGGUGGUUUGAUGUCGUUUCUACCAAAAAGUAACAAAGCCGGUUGUCUAAUCGGUAUCUACCUGGUCAAUGCGAUCGUUGCGCCUCUUCCUGUCAUUUACCAUUGGACUGCUGCAAACUGUGCCGGAUACACCAAGCGUGCUUUCUGCAGUGCACUCAUUGCCGGCUCAUUUUCCAUCGGUAACAUCAUUGGACCCCAAACAUUCCAGGCUAGAGAUGCACCAGACUACCAUCCUGCCAAAAUCGCUGUUCUUGUUACUCAAGCCGCAGCUGGAGUUAUGGCGGUGGUUCUUUUCGGAUAUUAUAUCUGGGAGAACAAGCGACGGGACGCUCGCGAUGUUGCUGAGCCAAUGGUUGACACAACGAGUGAAGACUACAUGGUGGAAGCCUGGUCAGGAUUAACGGACAAGGAAAACCGUAGCUUCCGCUACGUCUACUAA